CGCUUUUCCUGGAGCAGAAGCAAUUCCUCGUGGUGCUUUGGUCUCUGCCAACCGCGACGGAUCACUCCACAGCCCAAAGAUUCUCUGCCACAUUACGAAUUUCCUAUCCAAUUACAAAUUUCGAAUCAUAUAUAUCAGGUUAGUGUAUAUGUUGUACUAGUUGCUUGGAAUUCGGUUUAAAUGGAAAUGGAGGAAGUAAGUUCGUCGUCCGCAAAUGCAGCUGAAAUUCCUUCAGUUCCGGUCCAGCGGGGCCGCUCCAAAGCUAUGUACCAGUUUACUCAACAAAAUCUCCCAGCUUGUAAACCUGUCCUAACACCAACAUGGGUAAUCACAACCAUGGUCGUUACAAUAUGUUUUGCUGUUGGUACAAUUUUUAUUCCGAUUGGGCUAUUUUCUCUUCAAGUUUCACAGAGUGCUCUGGAAAUUGUGGACAGAUACGAUGUUGAAUGUGUUCCACCAAGUUUCAGGAGCAAUAAGUUGGAGUAUAUAAAGGAUAGUUCGAUUCCAAAAAAUUGUUCUAGGUACCUACAGGUUAACAAGCAUAUGAAAGCUCCAAUAUACAUAUACUACCAGCUUGAUAACUAUUACCAGAACCACCGUCGGUAUGUUAAGAGCAGAAGCGACAAGCAACUCUUGUAUGGACUGAAGUACGACUAUACGGGUUCCUGUAGUCCUGAAGAUGCUAAUAAUGGUCUCCCAAUUGUCCCUUGUGGUUUGAUUGCAUGGAGUUUGUUUAACGACACAUACUCUUUCUUCCGUGGGGCAGAUGCAUUAAAGGUCAACAGGAAGAACAUUGCCUGGGAAAGUGAUCGCAAUCAUAACUUUGGGAAGCAUGUUUAUCCCUUCAAUUUCCAAAAUGGAAGUCUAAUUGGUGGUGCACAUCUUGAUCCAGCCAUUCCACUAAGUGAUCAAGAAGAUCUUAUCGUGUGGAUGCGGACUGCUGCUCUCCCCAGCUUCCGUAAGUUGUAUGGACGAAUUGAAGAGGAUUUACAUGCUGAUGAGAUACUUGAAGUGAAGAUUUUGAACAACUACAACACCUACAGUUUUGGCGGGAGGAAAAAGCUAGUUCUAUCAACAUCAAGUUGGUUGGGAGGCCAUAAUAAUUUCAUUGGAAUUGCCUAUAUUUCCAUUGGAUCUUCCUUUAUAUUUAUUGCUCUCGUCUUCAUGUUGCUUCAUGUAAAAAAUCCAAGGCCAUAUGGGGAUACAACUAAUAUAUCCUGGACUUGGAAAGGCAUUUCUAGCUGAAGGUGAAUCUGCUUUUAAGCUUCUCAAUUUUCAGUAUGUGCACAUUAUGACAAGUUUUGGAAAAUUGCUAAAAAGGGAUAUCCUCACAUCAAUCAUUGAGAUGGCAACUGCUACGACCUAUUUAUCGUUAACUUCAAAAGUACGGUGUAGGAAGUUAACUGUUGUGACUGCAGAAUUUGCAUAUAUUGGAUAAAUCUUUGAACUUCUAUAAAUGUGUUGCUAAUUUGAAGUCAUCCUAUUUCAGUUCACUCGUCGAGACCACCUCUUUGGAUGAUAGGGAUGUCCAAUGUUUUUUCAUGGGUUUAUGUGCUGUUAGCUUUAAGACGACGUCAAAUAUUGAGGGUUUUUCUCGUUCUUUAUGUUCAUUUCUUUCUUUCCUUUUG